UGUUUUGCUAACGCUAACGUUUGGCUACCGUGUGAGAGAAAUAUCUGCUAAUCUAGCUUGGACGUGAUUGUUAAACAUUUUUAAAGAGUGGAUUCAUAUAAAUACCUGCUGGACAAUUAGCCGAAUAAGAGCAGUAAAGUAAAUAAAAGCGAGAUGAUAACUAGUCAGCUGUUAGUUGGCGAGUAGCGGGAGUUGGAAACAGCCGCCUAGUUAAUGUUGACGUUAGUGUUAAAAAGGCUAUAACUAGAUAACAUACAUGGAGUACCCCACUUUGAAGAGACCAAAAAGGAAGCUCUGCUACCCUACAAACAGGGAAAAUUCAUCUAAACAAUGGUCAGGAGAGCUGCUUUUGGAAGAUGUUAGUAGGAUAUUUGACGACUUGGCCUCACGUGAUGAUGUAAUCCCCCCAUCUCUACUGCUUGAAACUGAGGAUGAACAGGUUGAGAAAGAGGCUUCAGGUGUCUUAAAGGAGAGACUCCUAACUGAAAAACCUCCAGGACACCAAAUGGUUCCUAAAGAAGUGGUCCUACAUCCAGCAGCAAGGUCACCCAGUCCUAAACUGGACAUCGACAUCCCAUUUAAAGGACAUGGGCCAGUGAAGACCUCCAGUCCUAUUGAAAGGGAUAUCGGUGCAGAGCAACAGGACAAUGGCAAAGACCAAAUUGUGUCCCCAAUCCUCUUUUUGUGUGAAGAUAAAGAACAAGAAGAGGCAAAGAAGUGCAAUAGACACACCGCAGAGGAAAAUGACGAUUUCAACUUGGAGUCUCCUCCAGUUAAGAUUGUUCUCAUCAAACCCAAGUCCACUCACAAAGACAACGUGAAGGUAUCACACAAAGAGAGUCACCCAGGUGACGAAAAGAUACCCACGAAAUCUCAAAUACCUGUUUUGGUGGGCAAACAAAAAACACAAAGGCAAGAAAAUACAGACCUGCCUGUUCCAGAAAUGACUCAGGAUCCUGAACAGCCAGCACCUGAGAAAACUUUAGAAAGUGUUCCCAGGGAGCCAGCAGCAGAGACGUCCAACCGUGUGGGCAAAGAGAUGACAUCUUUUCUACAGAAACUUAGAGAUGCUGGGCAGCCCAAACUGACAGUUUCCAAAAAGUCUCAGUCACCAGUAAAAGUACCCGUGUGUCCACCUGAGCCAGAUGAUGACUUUCUUAUCCUGGAGGAUGAUGCACCUAUUCGUUUCACCAUCCUCAGUAAAAAUGCCACCAAAAGGAGACAGAUGCUGAACAAAACCUCCAGCACCGACAAAGACAGCUCAACAGACAAGGGGAUGAAGGAUGUUUUGGUGUCAGUGGAGACGACACAAAAACAGCAGGAACCGGAUCAGGCAAACACAAAACUUCAGACUGUCAAUCAGAAAAUGAAGAAGAAAGGGAAAGAGAGACAGAAAGAAGUGACUGAGACAGGAAGUGACAAGGAUGAAUGGUCCACUCCUGAGAAUUUUUCUGCAGGUGACUUGGUGGAAAAAGAUAAACCAAACCAAAAAACUCAACAGCGCCUCAAGAAGGAGAGCAACAAGGCAGAAGACAAACCCGAAGACACAGCCAGCAGGGAAACAGAAGAAGAAAACUCAGCAAAACCCCAGAAAUCAUCUGAGGUGAAGAGAUCAAAGUCUUCAAAAUAUGAAAAAGCCAAGACAAGCAAAGCUAAAUCAUUAAAGCAGACCAGAAAAGAGAUGCAGGGAUCUGAAGGAGUAAAAGAGACGGUGAAAGUACGGAGCAGUGAGGAGGAUGCAGAUGUUGAAGACGUGGCUUCUCUUUCAGACAAAGAAAUCGAAAAAUCUGAAGCACAAACAGCAAACGAAAAAACCAAACAGAGCAAACAGUCGGCUGUUUCUGUGGGGAGUUCAUCUGAUGAUGGUCAGGCAGCUGGGAAAAGGAAAAGAAAACCGCCAGGAGAGUGGUGGUUGUUUUCCCCUGAGAGCACAGAGCAAACAAAGGUUACAGACAACCAGCCGAUUCUGAAAAGGUCAAAACCGAGUCGUAUAGAGCUUGGAGAAGAAAUAUCACCACCUGCAAAAGAUAAAAAGAAUGGACUUUUAAAGCAAAGACAUCACAACACAAAUAAAAAGAAAACCAAACUAAACAAACGCAGAACUAAAAGAGGAGACAACCCUGACAAGAUGAAAACAACAGUUGAAGAACAGACUGAAGAUCAGGAGGACCAGGAUUCACCACAGUCCAGCCCUUUGAUAUUUUCACACAGAGACCACAGCUCAGGGGAUCAGAUAUUUCAAAGAGUGUAUCAUCACAGCCAUUCUAGUGCACCGGCAUCACCCAUCUCUCCUGGGAGACCUUCAGAGCAGCUCGGGACAACAAAAACUGACAAGCGGAGGAGGAAACCUCCUUCUCAACGGUGGAAAGCUGAUAACAUGUCUGAGGAUGUGGAGAGCGUCUCCUCCCAGCCUCAGCAGCUCAACCCCAAAGAGCCCAAACCUCGUAAAGAAAGAAAAACACGGUCUAAACAAAGCAGAUCUGCUCAACUUGGGACUCCCAAAAAGGGCAACACGGCAGUCUUGCCAAAACCACCGGGGGGAGCUCCUGUAGUUCAUCUGACACCGAGAAGGGCUCCAGAGACUGUCAAACACAUGGCCAUAUUUAAAGACAUUUUUACUUCAGCCACAGAGAGCUCUGCUGCCAUCAACAAAAGAGAAACAGGUCAGAAUAACAGAUAUGAAGUCACUGCGUGUCCUGCUGAGGACUCUGCUGCUGAGGACUCUGCUGCUGAGGACUCUGCUGCUGAGGACUCUGCUGCUGAGGACUCUGCUGCUUACUGUGCAGCACUCAGUAACACCAACAAAGACAUUCUCAGGAUAGAUGCUGGUGAAUCCAACCACGAGAGCCCACCGAUCAUAAGGCGUCGCAGCACGUAAGGACAA